AAACGUUCGUGAUACCGCGGGUAACGAAAUAAGAAAAAAAACUAGGUAUUCUUCAGUGGCUAACACCGAGCUCCGGACGACGGAGGUAAUUAACAAAUUACCAAAACAGGAAAUACGCGACGAAAGAAACGUAAAAGAAAAGACGUUGCGCGGCUGUUACACGUGCGUCGAAUUGUUGAUCCUAUCAGUCGUGAUGGACGCAUCGGGUGACUGGUCAGUCGGUCUCGGGAUGGCGCGGGGUACCUGAAUACAUUGACGUCGUCCGAGGCACUGCAUACAACGUACUGAUCGCAAACAACAGUAUAAUAAUUAAUUCCGAUUUUUUAGUUGCCAAGUCACGGGAAUGCCAUGUCGGAAGUUGUGACUGAUAUAAAACUUUUAUCAGGCGAUAAUCGACUGAGACAGUUGGAAGCAUUAUUUUUAGGAGGUCCAAUACAAGGACAAGGAAAAUGCUUCAGUAUUGAAACCCUUUUAGAUGUCUUGCUUGUAUUAUAUGAUGAAUGUAAUAAUUCAUCGUUACGCAGAGAAAAGACUGUAUCUGAUUUUAUAGAAUUUGUAAAACCUGUGGCAUUAUGUGUUAAGUCAUUGCGUUUGACUAGAGAUGAUUUUGAGACCAUCAAAGUAAUUGGCCGUGGGGCUUUUGGAGAAGUAUGUGUUGUACAUAUGAAAGGAACAGAUAAAGUAUAUGCUAUGAAAAUUCUUAAUAAAUGGGAGAUGCUUAAAAGAGCUGAAACAGCAUGUUUUCAAGAAGAAAGAGAUGUUUUGGUGUAUGGUGAUCGUAGAUGGAUAACUAACUUACAUUAUGCUUUUCAAGAUGAAACAAACUUGUAUCUUGUUAUGGAUUAUUAUUGCGGAGGAGAUUUAUUGACUUUAUUGAGCAAAUUUUUUGAUCGCCUUCCUGAAGACAUGGCUAGAUUUUAUAUUGCUGAAAUGAUAUUAGCAAUUAAUUCAAUUCAUGAUUUACAUUAUGUUCAUAGAGAUAUUAAGCCUGAUAAUGUAUUAUUGGAUGCUAAUGGUCAUAUACGUUUGGCUGAUUUUGGAUCAUGCUUAAAAGUGGGUUCAAAUGGUUUUGUUGAAAGCAAUGUUGCUGUUGGCACACCAGAUUAUAUAUCUCCUGAAAUAUUACAAGCUAUUGAAGAUGGACAAGGUUGUUAUGGACGAGAAUGUGAUUGGUGGUCAUUGGGAGUAUGUAUGUACGAAAUGAUUUAUGGAGAAACUCCAUUUUAUGCUGAAUCUCUUGUACAUACUUAUGCUAAAAUAAUGAAUCACAAGAAUUGUUUUGAUUUCCCAAAUGAUCAAGAAGUACAAGUUUCCGAAGAAGCAAAAGAUUUAAUGAAAAAACUCAUUUGUAGUGCUGAACAAAGAUUAGGACAAACUGGCAUCAAUGACUUCAAAGAACAUAAUUGGUUUAUUGGUGUAGAUUGGGAUACUAUUAGAGACAGUGUAGCGCCAUAUAUUCCUGAAGUGUCUAGUCCAACUGAUACCAGCCAUUUUGAUGUUGAAGAAAUUGAUAUUAAAACUGAUAUAUUUCCUCCUACUCCUUCAAAUCCUAUAUUUUCUGCUCUACAUUUACCUUUUAUUGGUUUUACUUUUACUCAAAAUAGCUUUGUAUCAGAUCUUGGAUCUAUUGGAAAGUCACUUUCAUCGGGAAAAACAACUAAAAGAAUGCGAUCUCAAGAAGGAAAAAGUGAAGUAGAAGAUUCCGAAGAUCAAUUAAAAAAAUAUAAAGAAAAUAAAAAAAUUCAUAAUGCUUCUUUUAGUGAUGAAAAUGAAUUGGAUAUUAUAAUAAAAAAAUUUCAACAAGAAAAAGAAGAACUCCAAAAAGAAAAACAAGAAACACAAGAAAAAUUAAAAGCUCAAGAAAUAGAAUUAAUGGAUGCCAUGGGACAAAAGAAUAAUGCUAUGACUGAAUAUGGUCAUGUUACUAAUAAGUUAUCUGAACUCAGACAACAUAAACAAAAGCUCUCUAGGCUUGUUAGAGAUAAAGAGGAAGAAUUAGAAGAGGCUAUGUCAAAAAUAGAUAUAUUACGUCAAGAAGUUCGUCGUUCAGAAAAAGUUCGUAGAGAACUUGAAAGUCGAUUAGAAGAAUCUAUAGCUGAAGUUAUUAAUGAACGUAAACUGCGUGAAAAAAAUGAAGAAAUGUACCAUCAAUAUAAGAGUGAAAUUGAACGAUCUAAUCCACCGUCAUUUGCUAGCAAUAAUUUUGAAACUAAUGAAAAUGCUAACCAAAGAGCAAUGCAAGAAAUAAUUCGAUUGAAAGGAGAGAUUGAACGGUUAGAAGUAGAAUAUAAUGAAAAUAUCAGCAAGGAACAAGCAAAAUAUAAUUUGGAUACUAACAAAUUGAAAGAUCAAAUAUUUGAAAAUGAAGUUAUUCAAAAGUCUUUAGAAAAAGAAAAAAAAGAAAGUAAUGAAAUAAUCCGUUCAAUUGAAUUUGAACAUAAAAGAUUGAAAGAUGAAUUACAUGUAAAAAAACAGACUAUUAAUCAAUUAGAAUCUCAAAUAUCAGACAUAAUUCAAUGGAUUAGUGAUGAAAAAGAUGCUAGAGGAUAUUUGCAAGUUUUGGCAGCAAAAAUGAAAGAAGAAUUAGAAUAUUUAAAACAGUGUCCAAAUAAUAAUGGCCAAUCAGCUUUAGAUAAUAGUUGGAGAAAUAGAAGAAGCCAAAAACUUGAUAAAAUGGAACUUUUAAACCUUCAAAGUUCAUUGCAGUCAGAAAUUCAAGCUAAGCAAUCAAUAGGUGAAGAGUUAAGCAAGACUCGAUCAGAAUUAAUUGCAAUGCAAAAAGAAUUAAGAGAUUUUCAUCAGCGGUAUGAAUCUUUGGUAUAUAAUAUGAAAGAUAAAGAUGACAUGAUAAAGGAAUUACAAAAUCAGCUAGAUGCCAGACAAUCCUUUUUAGGUCAAUCUUCAUGUUCACCACUAUCCUAUUUAGAUCACUUUUUAAAUGAAUCUGCAACUGGAAAUAGUAAUAAAUCUAAUUUAAAUGAUAGUAUUGAUAGUUAUGACAGAAGUUUUGAUGACAAUAAAGCACUGUCAAUUAGAAAGUCUAGCUUUUCAGAUUUCAAUAACACAAACCCUAACAGUUUAAUUUCUGAAAAAGGAAAAUGUCAUCAGUUUGUAGUUCGAACAUUUUCUUCUCCAACUAAAUGCAACCAUUGUACAUCAUUGAUGGUUGGUCUUGUUCGGCAAGGUGUAAUAUGUGAGGUGUGUGGAUUUGUGUGCCACACCAUUUGUUCAGAUAAAGUACCAUUGCUUUGUCCAGUGCCACCUGAUCAAACAAAACGACCAUUAGGAAUAGAUCCCACACGAGGUAUAGGUACUGCUUAUGAAGGUUAUGUCAAAGUGCCAAGAUCUGGUGGUGUUAAAAAAGGAUGGGUGAGACAGUUUGUGGUAGUGUGCGAUUUCAAAUUAUUUCUUUAUGACAUUUCGCAAGAUCGAAAUGCUUUACCUGCAGUAACUGUAUCUCAAGUGUUAGAUAUGCGUGAUCCAGAAUUUGCAGUCUCUUCUGUAAGAGAAUCUGAUGUUAUUCAUGCUGGAAAAAAAGAUAUCCCUUGUAUCUUUCGUAUAACUACUUCACUUUUAGAUCCACCUGGAGUCAAAAAUCAAACACUAAUGUUAGCCGACACAGAAAGUGAAAAAAAUAAAUGGAUUGUUGCUCUAAGUGAAUUACAUAGAAUCUUGAAAAGGAAUAAUUUACCCAAUACGACGGUAAUAUUUAAAGCAAAAGAACUCGUGGAUAAUACAAUUUCAAUUACCAAAAAUGCCAUGGCUAGUGCUAUAAUUGAUCCCGAUCGUUUAGUAAUAGGAACUGAAGAUGGUUUGUACUGUAUAGAUUUAGAUCAAUUAGAAAUCGCCAAAAUUGGAGAAGCAAAGAAAAUUUUUCAAAUAGAUUAUAUAGCAGAAGAGCAACUUAUUGUUGUAUUAUCUGGUAAACAAAGACAAGUUCGUUUAAUUCCAGUCCGUGCUUUAGAUGGAGAUGAUGUGGAAUGGGUUAAAGUAGUUGAAAGUAAAGGUUGUAUCACAUUUUGCACUGGGCUGAUGAAGAAGUAUCCUGGUAUGACAAAUCUUCAGUACUGUUUGUGUAUAGCUGUAAAACGACAGAAUACUUCUCAGGUGAUUAUUUACGAGGUAACCAGGACUAAAUUGAGGCAUAAGCGACUUAGAGAAAUAAUGCUACCAUCUCAAGCACAAAGUUUAACUGUAUUUACUGAUGGACGGUUAUGUGUCGGCUACCAUUCUGGCUUCAGUGUUUACCAUAUAACUGGAGAUCAUCAUCCAAUCUCUUUGGUACACCCUGAUAAUCACAUGAUGGGUUUCUUAUCAUACUCUGCAAUGGAUGCAAUCAAAGCAAUUGAACUUCCUAGAGGAGAAUUUCUUCUCAUCUUCCAAUCUUUAGGUAUUUUUGUAGAUUCUCAAGGUCGGAAAUCAAGAGACAGAGAAAUUAUGUAUCCUAGUGAUCUUAUUGAUGCUAGUUAUUGUGAUGGUCAUUUAUUGAUAUAUAGUGAAACCCAUAUAAAUAUAUUUAAUGCUGAUAGUGGUGAUUGGAUUCAAACUUUGAACUUAAGAAAUUCCCAUCCUAUUAAUAAUACUGGCUCAUUAACUGUGUGUUAUAUUGAUGACCUACCAUGUAUAAUAUACUUGUCCAAUGUACACCAAAGAGAACUAAUCAACAUCAGAUGGAGAGAUUUAACUGGCAGUAUGUCUAUUCCACGAACUAGAAGAAGGUUUUCAGUGCGUGAAGGACAAAAAGCAAUUAGAGGACCUGAUCGAAGGUCGAAAAUAAUAUCAGCUCCUACUAAUUUUAACCAUAUCAGUCAUAUGGGACCAGGAGAUGGUAUACAAAUUCAAAGAUUGCUUGAUUUACCUACAACUGUUGAAACUGCGGAUUCUAUGCCUCCAACUAAACCUCUUCAACCAUUUACUUCUACAACUAAUAAGCAUUCAUUUCAAAUUUCACGAAGUCCAUCGCAGCAACAUUCCACAUUGAGUGACAAGUUCAAAAUGGCAAGAGCAAAAUAUGUGAUUGACAUGACUCGUCAGUCACCUGAAGAAAGUAAAAAUUUAAUAUUACGAUCAGAUAUUAAUAAAACUGUUUAUCAUCCAAUUGUUGGAUCUACUGCAAAAAGAUCUUACAUAAAAAAGAAAACAAUACUCCCACCAAGAACACCAGAAUCUUUUGGAUCUAACUAUUCACACCAUCACUCAGAUACAGAUCUACCACCAAUGUCCCAUUCAUUAAAUCGCAGCAUUUCAUCUUUAAAUGAAUAUAAAGAUCAUCAGAUUGGUAGUUCAAGGCAUUCUGUAGCUUCAAACAACAGUAGUAAUACAAGUACUCCUCCAAGUCCAAAUCGUGAGCACGGAUCAUCUAGUUACGAUAGUUAAUAGUUAAAUAGUAUAAUACAUGUUUUUUUUUUAUCAAUAUGAUAGGUUAAACUAUUAUUAUAGGUAUAAUGUGUUAAUUAAUAAUGCUAUAGUGUACUAACACAUAAAUAAUUUUUUUUUAUUAAAAUUAUUGAUGGAUAUCUGACAUCAUUGUGCGAUCAAUUUUUUGAAAUUAUUAACUUGUGAAAACUAAUAAUGAAGUAACAUUUAAGGAUCUCUUUUUACU